AUGACAACCAACUCACAAAGCACGAGUUCUAUCAGCUAGGUUUCUUUUCUGAACCUUUUUGGUAUCGUUGUUUCUAUCAUUCUAUGUGUACUAUUCAUCAUUCUUGGAGGGCAUGCUCUGAAAUACAUUAAAAACUUCGCAUGCAAAAUAAAAAUUAUAGCGAAUCGAGCUGAAGAUAAGAAUGUCUAGUUGAAAGACUUCAACUGGAAUGAAAAAGAAGGAGGAAAAUAACGGUCCGAGGCUUACGAGCAACUCGAAACAAUCUACAAGGAAGAGAUCAAGAAGAGCAGAUCUUUGCAAUACAUCAUUAUCUUGAAAAAUUUGCUGGCUAAAUAUGAUCACCUACUUUACUAUCCAUUCAGAGAUAAAAUGAUGGAAUAAUAUGAUCUCCUUAAACCUAAAACCACCUUCUAUAAUUUGCUAGUUAUUACUAGCUGUUGCAUCGCUUGGAUGACUACAAUCUUUCUCUCAGCUAUAUUAUCAAGUGCUUAUUCCAAUGUUACAUUGAUUCCAAUAGGCAUUUUUGCAGGACUAACAGUAGCGAUUUCCAUUAUUUCAAGUAUUCUGAAUAUAAUAUCUACCAACCGCCUCUUCAGAAUUUACCUAAUUAACGUCAAGGCUGCAUUCAAAGUAGACUACGGACAUUAAUUCCUUUCAAUUGAAAAGGGAAUGAAGGACUACGAGCCUGAAAACUCUGAUGAGGAGGAGGAGUUAUUCAGGCAUGAAGAUAAACUCCGAAAUUUGCAGAUAGUAGAAGUUCUCGAUAAAGAUGAGUAUCCUCGCUAAGAUCAAUAAGACGGAAGUGUGAAGGAGCUUUUGUAAAGUGAGAUGCUAUCUCACAGGACAUUGCUAAAUGGAGAAGAGUCCUAAAUAUAAUCUUCUAGGAAACUCCUACAAGAUGAUCACGACAGAAGUGACAAACUUCUUUUAAAGAGCGAAAUCCCACAUAAUUAGGAUUCCUCAAAUCAAGAUAUUUAACACUAAUCAAAUGGGGCUGAAGGUGAAUAAAUAGAGUAAGUUACUGUCUAAAAGAUCAAAGUUAAGGGGAAAGCUAUUAAGGAUAUCUUUGAACUUGAUGUUGGUAUUCAAGGAGCAGACGACGCUAAUGAAGACGACAAAUAUAUUUUCGUUGAGGACAAACAUGCGAUGGGUGACUUAGAUCUUCUCGAAAAUGAAGCUGUUAAAGGUGAAAACAAAUCUAAUGUUAUGACGUUCGGUAUCUUAUUUGCAAUUAUUGCAAUUGCCUCUGCUGUUUGCUGUUACUUGAACUACACUUUCUCAGCUGCUCUAACUCAAUAUGUAUUCAUUAUGUUUGCAAUCUCAUUCAUCGGAGAUAUGGUGGUUUCAAGACCUAUAAUACUUAUGAUAAUUGCUCUCUUCAAAUACUGUAAAGCUAAGAAAAAUGGUUACAAAAAGAUUACAUACAAAUCUCCUAAAGAAAUCAAGGAAGCUCUAAAUAAAGCUAUUAAAGGAAUGUUUUAGAAUAGGAAAAAAUACAGAGAAGAGCAAAUGAAUAGACCAAAGAAUUCUGGAGAUAGUUCUCAUUUAUUACUACCAGGAAAAGGAAGUUAAAAUGGAAAUAUUUCUAGUGACCUGAUAAAGUAUGAUCAUCUUACCUAAAAUGCUGAAAAGCAUGAAACAUCUAUGAAGCCAUUUGGAUAAUUUGGAGACGAUAAUGAGGAUUAAUAUGCCUAAGAAAUUAGCCAUAAGCAUGAUGAUGAUGGACCAGAUGGCAACAAAGCAGCCACGGAUUUUAUUAUUAGAAUGAAUCCAACUGAUUUCGCUAGACCACAAAUAGAGGAUGAUCAAAAAAAUACCUUUGAAAAAACUCAAGUAUAAUCAUACAACACUGCAGUUCCGCUCUUAGCAAAUUUGUAAAAAGCUAUCAAACAAAAGGAGUCUGAGAUGUUUUCGAGUAUCAUGGAGAAAAAACAAAUUAAUAAUGAACUAGUUGAUUACAAUCUACUUCUACUUAGAAAAAUCUAUGAUGCCUAUGAGGAUAGAGCUGAAAAAGUACUUAAGAACUUUAGAAGUGAUAGAAAUGGUGUUCUUAGAAAGAGAUAUAUGGUUCCUAUUCUUAAUCCUAACUAUGACUACGAGAAAUUGCUCAAGGAAAUGAAAGAUGCUGGAAAAGGUGGUAAGGAAACUGUUAAUGAUGAUGAAGUCAGACUUGAUUCUUUGACAUUUUGUGAAGAUUAAGACUAGCAACUAAUGGAAGCUAUUAUGAAUGAAGCAAGUGAAGGCCUCGUACCAUAGGUUGAAAGGUAAAGAAUCGAUAAGUUUGGAAAUCUUAUUGACGAGGAAAAGCUAAAGAAUGGAGUCCAAAAAGUUGAAUGUGCUCCCUCAUAUGGGAAAAUUGAGCUUGAAGCUGAGGAAAUUACUGUUGAAGAGGAUGAAGAUGCUAGAAAAUGGAAACUCCUCAAAGAAUUGAGAGAAAAAUGGAUUAAUGGAACUAUCACUCCAGAAGAGUUAGCAAUGCUUGAUCAGCUUGAAUGGGAUAGAUUAAAGGAAUUGGAAAGAUUGAUAGCCAUAAUGCUAAAGGAUGGGUACGAUGCACUUAAAGAUGAAGAUAAACUUAUAUGUAUUGACUAUCAAAUUGAACGUUGCAAUAUCCUACUAGAUAAAGAAGCCAGAAAAGAUCCCAAAGAUGAGGUCAGAAUCGAUUAGCUUGAAGAUGAACUUAAUAAGUUGGAAUUAGAAAAACUUAGAUUAAGAGCGUUACUUUAUGGCUUAACCCAAGAAGAACUUGACAAACUAUAUCAGCUUGAGCAAGAAAGGCUAAUGAGACUAAUGAAGCGCAUUGCUGAACUUGAAAAUAUCGGAUGGGAUAAUCUCGAGAAUAAGGAGAAAUUUGAACUUAUUAACUGUAAAAGAGAAUGUCUUCAUAUAGAAUUAGCUAGAAUUCACAGAAAGAAGCCUCCUCUUAGUGAAGAAGAUAUCUUGAGAAUUAGGGAAAUCGAGAAUGAAUUAAGAGAACUAGAGUUGAUGGAACUACUGUUAAAGCAAUAACUUGGACUUCUAUCUGAAGAUGAGCUAAGAAGAUUAGAAGAAUUAAUCAGACUCAAGGAAUUAGCUGAGCUUGAAGCUCUUUUAAAGAAACUCAGAGAUGGUACAAUUACUGAAGAUGAAUUGAGAAGACUGAGAGAACUCGAAGCUAAGUUAGGCUUAGAGCCAGAAAGAAAUCCAUUUGAAGAGUAAAUUGAUAAGAAUGAUAAAUUCGAGGAUAUUAUUCAAGAGCCAGUUCCAGAGGAACAACAGACUCUUGACGAUUAAAUCGAAGAAGAUGGUAUUAGCGAAUAAGAUAACUUCUCUGAGCUCCCACCAAUUCAUGUGAUGAACAACAUCAACCAAAGUCCAGUUAAACUACCCGAGAUUGAUGAAUAAGCAGAGCAAGAGGAAAGAGAGAGACUUGAAAGAGAAAGAUUAGAGGAAGAAGAGAGACUAAGGGCUGAAUAAGAAGAAUUAGAGCGAAUCUAAAGAGAAUAAGAAGAAUUAGCUAGACUCCAAGAUUAACUUGACGAGUAAGAUGCAAACAAGCUAAGUGAAUCAGCUCUUCUAAGAGAACAAUAAGCUAGAGAUAAGCUUAAUGAUGAACUCAAUAAUCAAAACCUCGACAAUGAUGUCCUGAAUUUCAACAGAGAUGAUCUCGAGGACGAUCAAGGUGCUCCAAUUGGUGCUGAUGGAGAAGAAUCUAUCUAUUCUCAUAAGACUACUACCAUCCUUGAUGAAGAAAAAGUUUCCUUUAUGCACAUCGAUCACUUACCAAACCUUGAAAAUAACAGCGAUGAGAGUUUCGCUGAGUAAGAUAUGGUGCCCUAUUACAAAGAUGACUUGACAAGAUAUAGUGAGAAUAGAGGUAUCAAUAGAGUAAAGGUUAGAUAAGCUCCUAACUACUAUUCUGAAAAUGAUUUACCUGAAGUUAAAGAAGGUGAUCACUCAGAUGCAGAUAGUAUAGGUGGAAGAUCUGGCGAUGGCAGAAGACGCAGAAGCCAUGGUAGAGGUGCCAUUUCACACAACCAAUUUGAAAACAAUUCUCAUGAAGAUCUCAUUGAGGGUAGAGUAAAAGUCGAUGCUUGGAACCUCAACUAUAGAGGUAAAAAGAAGAAGCAAAAGAAGAAGAAGGUCACUGCUAAUCAAAAGAAAAAGAUGUUAGAUCUCUAAAACAUCUAUGGUGUUGAUGCCAGAACCUUAGCAAAUCUUGGAAAAGGUAGACUUCCAAGAAAGUAACUUGCUACUGGAAAGAUCAAUGCUGCUGAAUUCAACGGCACAACAAGCAGAUUAAUGAUGUCUGGGGAUAACUCUUUGAGGACAACUCAAAACACAUUCGCGAUGUAAUAGUCUAGUCCUGGCAACAAUUUCAGACAAUCUGACAAUCAAUCCAAUCUAUUCUCAUUCAAUGGAUUUGGCACAAGAUAAAAUUGGGCUGUUGAUGGGUUAAGAAGUGGAAUGAAAGAUCCAAAUGGCUAAAUGAGAGAUUCAAGAAUCACAAUGAACACUCAAUUUGACCCCAAGAGUACUCAAAAGAAACAGUAUCCAGCCACUACAUAAAAGAAACUAACUGCUACUUAAUAAGAUUUCCAAAAUAAAGCUUAGAAUACUGCAGGAAAAAGAGGUAUUCAAGCAUUUGAAGAGGAAUCAAAGAGUGCUUAUAGCGGCAGCCAAAGUAGAGGCAAUUCUAUGAAUAGAAUGGGAUUCGGUGCUAAUACUCUAGGAUCAACUGGAUCCUACGGAUCUGGAGCUAAAAACCUAAAAUCUGGAAUGAAUAACGGUUUUGGUGCUAGAAAAACUAAUAAUAACUAAAGCUUCGGUCAAUAAAAGAACAUCACAGGAGGCAAGAAGUCUCUGAAGGGUAAAAAGCAUAGAAGAUAGAGCAGUGAUGGCAUGGAUUCUCAUACUGAAAGUGAUGAGGCUGUUGAUGAUAAGGGAGCUAUGUUCCAAAGAAAAAAUAAUCCAAAUGAUUACAACUAGAAAUCAGGCUACAUCAACAGAGGCAGUGUUAAUGAAGAUCUAGAUCAUAGUGAGAGUGAAGAGGGCAACAAUCAAGAUAUUCCUAACUUCGAAGGUAAUGACCUAAUGUUCAAAAAAAGAGGAGCUGUAAAUAAUGAGGAAGAGAAAAAGAGCUUUGCAAACACAAACAAAUCCAAGUUAGGAUAAUCAAUCAUUUCUAACGGCACACAAGGCACAUUUGGACUUUAGCCCCCUACUAAAAAGAAUGGUGCCACUAAAAAGAAAGCUGCUGGCGGUAGAGCUAGUGGGGAUGAGUUGAAUAUUGAGGAUCUUGAGGCUUAGUCUGUUAGGGGUAAAAGAACCAAGAAGAGUGAAGCUAAGAACUAUACAUCCAACUAAAAGUAUCAGAACAACGGUUACAUGAGACCAGGUACAAAUGAGAGACAAGACUCAGAAGAAGAGAACGAUGGAGGUCAAGUUUCGUUCCAAAAGAGAAAUCUUAGAGGAGAAUACCCAGAAGGUGAUGAUCUUGAGAACUCAGGAUUCAUGAAGAAUAGAUCUAACAAUAACUUAAACUCCAGCAAUCAGAAACCACCCCUUAGCCACAGAAAGAUGAGAAAAGAUGCAUCAGGUAAUAGCAGACAGUAGCUUGAUGAUAGCAGGGUUAGAGGCUAAAACUCAAAUGGCGGAAGCAACACAAGAGCUGGAAACAAUAACUUUAGCAAUCAAAACAAUAACUUUAGCAAUCAAAUCAAUAACAUUAGUAAACAGAACAAUAACAUUAGCAAAGAGAACAAUAAAAUCAAGACUGGUCCUUUAUAUAGUAACGAGAAAAAUUCUAAGAAUGCUGGUGGUAAGAAGAAGUUUGCCUAGAGUAAUGGAUUCACUCAUUCUGACGCAAGUGACAAUGAGAUGUACUCUUCAAUGCACAAGAGAAGCCUUAUCGAUCAGAAUAACCAAACUGGCUACAAUAAAAUGCUAGUAUCUGGUAGAAACAGUGAUCCUAAUCUUCUCAAUCCAAGUAACAAAAAAUAGAGCAAUGGUCCAGUGCAAAAAAGAAAUAGGUCAAUUGAUCAAAACAACAGCAGAUCUGAUGAAGAUGAUUAUCUAGUUGGCCCAGAGUCUAAUCUUUCCUCAAUUAAAAAGAGACCUCUAGGAGGUUCAAAACGUGCCUCUUAAAAUGAUGACCAAGAAGAUGAGUAUAUUCUCCUACAAAGAGAGAGACAAAUCAGAUAGGAUAUUGAAUCAGACAAUGCCAAUUAGAGCAAUAUCCUUGCUAAAAAGAGAAAAAUCAGAAAAGCUGGCCACAGUUAGAAUCCAAAAGAUGCAUAAACCAGAAGGUAUCAAGAACUCUAGCAAGAGAGAUUAAGAAAGAAGCAAAAGGAAGCUGAAAAUGCAUUGUUUGCAAACGAGGAUGACUUAGAGGCAGGUAAAGCCCAAAUCAAAAAGAAGAAGAAGGUGAAGAAGGAUAUCGUCAAGAAGGAGAUCAACUACUGGCUUGAUUACGACUCUCCCUAUGCUGAGUACCUCGUUGCUAGAUUCAGGGAAUGGUCACCCAACCCUCAGCAUCUUGUUAGAGGUCUAUCAGCACAUAAUUAAGGAUCACACAUGCCUGCUUAGAAUAAGUACAAUGAUGUAAUGAAUGUAUAUUCCAAGCAUGAGAGAGGAUCAUCUAAAGGCAACUCCAGAAGUAGAGAAAGAAAUCAUAAUCACGGCUCAGACUCAGCUCUCAAUCUCUCCUCUCAAAAAUUCAACAACAGCAACCAAAAGAUUAAGCCAUUUAAAAAUAAUAAGCACAAUGUUUCAAACCCCAAUAAUCUUUUCGUAGCUGACUAUGAAGAACCUUGA